CGAGGUUCCAUGGCACAGAAUAUAUGCGAUGGUUGAUGAAUGGCAACUUUUACUCAAACUCAUACUCUUCACUAACUGCAAUAAUUCUACCUUCUUACAAACUCUCACUCAACUGAUUUUCAAAUUUCACAUAAUUCCUCACCAACUGAGAAUCCCAAUCUCAUAAAUUAUGUCCUCUACUGUUAACUCUUCAAACGAUCAUGACGAUAACCAUGUUCAAGAUCAAGAAUCUAUCACCUUCCCUUUACUUCGCCGCGAAAGAUCUCCCAUUAAUUCUAGCUCUCAAGUCGCCAUCGUCGGCUCUUAUGUCUGCCCCAUUGAAAGUCUUGAUUAUGAGAUAGCUGAGAAUGAUUUUUUCAAGCAGGACUGGAGAACUCGUGGGAAAGCUUAUAUUUUUCAGUAUAUAUUUAUGAAGUGGUCUCUGUGUUUUUUGAUUGGGUUGAUUGUUGGGCUUAUUGGGUUCUUCAAUAAUCUUGCUGUUGAGAAUAUUGCAGGGAUCAAGUUUGUGGUUACUUCUAAUAUGAUGUUAGCCUCCAAGUAA